AACAAACAAAGUGAAAAGACCUUUGCAUUCGGCAUAAGAAAAUAUCACUUUCAAGUAGUGUACACGCAACGGUAAAUAGAACUACGAAAACGAUGAAAAGCACUAUGAUUAGAUCAACAAUUUGUAAUGGUUCGAUUCAUAUUGACGGCGACGACAAUGGCGACGAUGGCAGAAUGUCGCUAGUGCUUUCAUGUUUCAAGUGACACUGUGUGAGACGUUGGAAAAUUCAAAUUGGCGUGUGCCAUCGCCAACUGUCAUUAUACUUCUGGGUGAAGUAGUUAGAGCAUACAGGCAUAUGUAUGUAUGUAUGUGUGUGUUGCGGGAAGUGAACCCUCCGCAGUUCACCCGGUUAAAUACGCAUUUAAACACACAUGGCAGUGAAUGUGUGUUGUUUUUUGCACACAUAUGUACACAUAUACCGUGCGCAUAUGUGUGCGUGUGGUGGCAAGCGACUGUAGCUGUGGCUGAAUUUCACUUUAGCGCGGCGCGCUUGCGUUAUUCGCAUGUGGCACGGUGAAGCGAAAGGUGGUCCAGUUGAAAAGUAAGCGACUAUUUGAACAAAUUAAAAGAGCUUAAGUGCAUAAAAUUGUCUUUCAACGCUGAAAUUGGCUUGUGAAACAAUGUUGCAUGAGAGCUGGUGGUAAAAGUGAUUAUCCUUGCUCCAUGCAAAAUAAAGCGGCAGUGAAAGCAGUGUUGAAAAAAUUGAAAAAAAUUAUUAUCAGUUUGUAUUUAAGCAAAAGCUAGUGAGAAAUUGAAAACUGUGGAAAAAAUGCUGUGCUUUUUCGUGGUCACAAAGUUACUCAUGCUCAAGCUGCUCCUUGCCAGCAUAUCCGGUUUGCGCGCCGCCUACGAUUUCGGCUAUCAUCCGAGCGCCGAGGAAUUCGAUAAUUUCGUGCGCGACACGAAACGCACCUGGACGCGUGAUUUGCUCGCCAACGAGCACCGACGCGCGUGGACCGCGAAGCCGCCCUAUCGCAAUGUGAACGGCAAUUUCGUGCCGAAGUAUAAUCGCGAUGAAGAACGUUUGAGUGUCGCGACGAAACAUGGCGCUUCGUGGCCAGGACAUGUGCAACGUGUCGGGCGUCCGUUAAAGCAUUGGCAUGAGUCACCAAGCGCCGCGGCGGCGGCUCAUGCGCUGAACGGCCAGACUGUGGGCUCAACUUUUGAUUUCAAUAUGUUCGAUGAUCAAGCGGGUUCAGAUGAAAUAAAUACGUUUGAUUUGCCGAGUGUGCAUGCGUUCACGGGCGCAACACAACAUAAUCCACAAGUUUCAUCCACAACGCAGCCACAACUGCCGGCGCAUAACCUUAAAAUGCCGCCAGUCAAGCAGAGUUUGGGUAGUGUCAUCGAAAUCGCAUCGUCCAGUGAAACGCAAAAACAAACGCAACAAAACGCGAAUCAAAGCUUCGAAAAUCUCACUAAGAACCACAGCGCCCAGCAGUUUCCAUUAUUUUUUACCAAUCCCACCACCGGUAUCAUAUAUGCGAUUACAGAGGUGGGGCACAUGCCAGAUGCCGUCAACACAUUACCGUCCUCCUCCAACAACAGCAGCAUACCGAUUUAUAUCUCUAAAGAGCAAUACGAACGCGAUUUGUAUCUCCAACGCAAAUAUUACGAAAGUAAUUGUCAAGCUCCUGCUCCAGCGCCGUUAGAUAAAAUUUCGGUCGAUCGCAUCCCCACAACCAUCACUUCGGCGAUCUCAGCCGGUUCGAAUAGCACAAUGCGCCCACAAAUUAUACGCCUGCAAAGACCCUUAAGCACGCCCGUAACCAAAAUACCAAUCUCCAAAUUACCUACCCACCUACACAAACCACCACCGGUUAUGGUGCAAACCGAGUUGACGAUCAGUGAUCAAGUGCACUUACCAACGCGCAAACAUAAGACUAAACUCAAGCGUAAGAAUAAGAAGAAACCAAAUAGACCGGGCCGUAAGCCUAAUACGCACCUAAUAGGUCUUAAGCACAGUGAGUUGCCACAAAUCAUCAAAGGUGUGCGCGCAUCAACAGCAAAACCCCAAACAAGCACCGAGAAACAACAAGUCGCCACACAGCUGGAGAAGCCAAACUUUACAAACGGUAUUUUUAGCAAGAGUCUCACAUCGCAGGAGCAUCGUUUACACAAACGUUCCGUUACAAAUAUACGCGCCUAUAUAAAUGAACCGCGAAGUAUGAAAAUGACAGAUAAACAACUCAUAGGUCAGGCAGCUUUAACCCCAACUAAAGAGAGUAACAACGUCAAAAUGAUGAAUGAACCAACAAAGCCAGUAGCAAGAAGACGACCCAGAAUUAAGCAGCGUCGUGCGAAAGUGGGCAAUCAUACUGAAAUACAAAAAUUAAGCAAUAGCGCAUUCAAUCGCACCAAUUGGGAGCUGCCAAAACAACCUGUGCGUAGAGGCAACUCAACUAAGCUAAAGACUAAGCAAACAACGAAGAUUGCAAAUCAAACACUUAGCCACAACACUACAACGGAGUUACCAACAUUAACGCUGACCACCACUACACACAGUAAAGCGCGCAAGAAGAAAGUCAAACAUAGAAGAAAGAAGAAGAAGGACAAAGUGGAAAAAAGAGGCGAAUUCGAUCUCUUCAACUUUGACAGCGACGAAGAUGAUGAGGACGACGAUGAUGAUGACGACGACGAAAAAACCUCACAUCGCAACGACAAUGAUGAUGAUGAGGACGAUGAUGAAGAUGACUCCUAUGAGGAAGAUGAAGAUUCUUUUUACGAUUACAAGCAAACUAAUAAGAAACGGAAACAAGGCAAUCAUAAGCCACAACUAGAAAACAGCAAUUCUGCCAGUUUGGAGCAAACCGAAGAGUACACGGAAGAAACAGCAGAACAGACGACAGAUGUGAACAAAAACUCUAUUGUAAUUGACGAUGGCAGUUCAGCGGAACCCGGCGCCGACUUUGGUGCAAUGGGUUCGGAGGAAACUAUUAUGUACAGUUCGUCCAUAACAACUACAAUGAAGCCAAGCACCUAUACUAAGUCCGCUACCAAGAAACGCAUACGCAGACGUCCAUCGUAUAGUGACGCUUCAAACUCCUAUGAGGAUUACGAGGAAGACGACGAGGCUGGCGUUGGUGGUGGUAUUGGCGGAUUUUUUCGUAUGAUCUUCUAUCCAGUGCAAGUAUUUAUGAACAACGUGGCCGAUAAUUUCGGCAGUAAGGAGUCUGAAGAGGAACAAUAUAUUUAUCCGACUUAUACCACCUAUCACAAUGGUAUACAGCGGAUUGAGAGUGAUGAGGAGGAAGAGGAGGAGUCGAACUCACUGACUAGUUGGUUAAGUUCAUGGUUUAGCUUUAACCGACAUAAAAAGAAUAUUGGUAGCACAACACCAGUACCACCACCACCGACACCUACCGAGCCACCGAGUUGGUUUGAAUCGUGGUUCAAUUUCGGCGGCAAACCAACGUCUGAGGAGACAAGUGAAAAUGAUGACAAAUGGUUCUUCGGUUGGUUUGAUUCGAGACCGAAGCGUCGACGCAAAAAGACUACCACUACAACGACCACAGUGCGCACACCCGAUGCACAAGUGCCGAUUUUGACGAUUGUCGAUCCGCUGAAAAAUCCACAAAAUUGGAUUGGCAUUUUGGCACAUCACAUCAUAAAUUCCACCGCCACGGCAGUCACACAAAAUCCGCUUAUGAAUGCAAUCACCCAAACCACCGUUAAUCCAGAUGUGCCGCGUAAAAUCAAUUAUGAGCGAUAUCAAAUAUGGCGCCUAAAGCCGUUGGACGAUACACAAGUGCAUGCGUUGGAAGACUACAAGAAAAGUGAGGAUGGCAUAAAGCUGCAGUGGUUGAAGGGUCCCAGCUUGCGCGGCCUAACAGACGUUCUGGUGCCACCGAAUCAAUUGAUGGACUUUGAGGCUAGCCUCAGUUUCGAAUCGAUCGCGCAUGAAGUACUCAUUUACGAUGUCGGCAAGGCGAUCGUUUACGAGCAGGCGCAAGAGCAGUUUCACUUCAAUGCCGCUAUGCGCCCGUUUAAAAAUAACAAGAAUCAACAGAAACAGCAAGCAAUGACCAUGUCAUGGCAUAAAUACUAUGAAUACGAUGAUAUUAUCACACAUUUGGAAAUAUUACGCAUGCGCCACCCACAACUAGUCGAAUUAAUACAUAUUGGGCGCUCAUAUGAGGGACGACCGUUGGUCAUAGUCAAGAUCGAGUCGAAAGAACAUGCCGCUAGUGUAGCUAGUCAAUCGGAAGUGGCACACAAAAAGUUGAAGAGUAAGAAACAACCGAAAGAGGCGAACUCAGUGUUCAUUGAGUCGGGCACACAUGGCCUAGAAUGGAUCGGACCGGCCACAUCGCUCUGGAUGAUCAGUGAACUAUUGCGACUAAUCAAAAGUAACAAAACAACCGUUGAUAAUGAGUACAUCAAGAAUACGACCUGGUACUUUAUGCCUAUACUCAAUCCAGACGGUUACGUUUAUAGUCAUAAAUAUGAUCGCUUCUGGCGGAAAACCCGUUCCCGUCAUAUCUCGCGCCCUAACGGUAUUAUCGACUCAGCAAUGACUUGGCUGCAGCAAAAGAAGAUAGCAACACGCGUUUGCUAUGGUGUAGAUCUGGAUCGCAACUGGCACUACCAGUGGGGAAGGCGGGGUAGCUCGAAAUCAGCAUGUAAUGAAGUGUACGCCGGACCAGGACCAUUUUCCGAACCCGAAUCAAAAGCGCUAUCGGAAUUCCUAAUAGAUUAUCGUAAACAAAUUAAGAUGUACAUUUCACUACAAGCCUAUGGUCAGAUUAUUUCAUAUCCAAUGAAAGCGAACACUUCAUUUAAUGCCGAACGCAUCGAUGACUUUCUCGAUGUGGCCAUGGUGGGAACGGAUGGAUUGCGUAAGCAAGGCAGCAAGUCACGCUACAAGAUUGACUCAACAAGUGAUCUGGUGGAAAAUCGCUCAGGUUGCUCUGACGCGUUCGCGGCUUAUGAAGUUGGUAUACCCUUCAGCUUUACGAUACAGCUAGCUGAUAAUGGUGUGCAUGGCUAUCUGUUGCCCAGCGCCUCCAUCGAGCCAACCGCACGUGAUGCCUUCGAAAUAAUUACAGCGAUGAUCGAUUACAUUUGAUGGUAGUUCCGAUUCAUAGACUAACUUAUAGAUUGUAACUGUGUAUAUUUGUUUAAUUUGUAAAUAUUUAUGAGUAUUUAUUGAAUAGUAAUUUAAGAAAGUAUGAAACUUUAGUAAGACGAAA